CGCGCCGCCGCCGCCGCCGCCGGCAGGGCACAGCCAUGCCCCCACCUCGGUUCCUUUUCGCUAGGCGCCUCUGCUCCGCCUCCGCCUCCGCCUCCGAUCCCGCCGGCACCCUGAAGCCAUCCACGGUCUCCGACGCGGCCGACCUCGCCGCGGCCGCCGCCCUCCGGGCACCGUGUUUGGAGUCCCGCCUCCUCUCCCAAGUCCCCAGCGGCGUCCUCUCCGACCCCGACUUUGCCCGGCUUACGCUCUCCCGCCUUCUCCCCGCCCCGGUCCCAUCGCUCCGCUUCCUCCGCUUCCUCUCCUCGCACCUCCCUGCCCCCUCGCACGCCCCAGACGCCGCACCGGCGGGCGCAUCCCCUCCGCUGCCCGGGGUCGACCAGUUACUCCGACGCCUCCCACCGCAUCUCGCCGCCGACGCCGCCGACCUCCUCGCUUCCCACCUUGGCAUCCACCCUUCCCUCCGCACCCUAAAUGCCGCUUCCCGCACCGCCCUCCGCGCAGCUCGCCCGGACCUCGUCUUCCGCCUCUUCUCCGCCUUCUCCUCCUCGCCCGACUACCCCGGCGAUGCCACCACCGUCGGCUGCCUCGCGCGGGCCUACGCCGCCCAGGGCCGCCCCCUCGACGGGCUCCACCUCCUUCGCGACGCCGCGCGACGCGGGUCCCCGCCGCCGGCUGACGCUGCCGCAGACCUCGCGGCCGCUUUCGCGGCCGACGGUAACUUCGCCAAGGUCUCCGCGACGCUCCACCUCAUGAUCGCGGCCGGGUGCACCCCGGACAGUGUGGUCUACCAGCGGAUCAUACAUGAGCUCUUUGGGCGAGGGAUGGGUGAAGAGGCUCUGCGUGUGUUCAGAGAGAUCAAGCAGCGGGGCUAUGCCAUUAACCGAAUUAUGUAUACCACGGUGAUCCACGGGCUAUUCAAAAUGCGCCGCACUAGAGAAGCACAGCAGAUGUGGGAUGAAAUGGUGGACAGGGGAUUCGAGCCUAAUGAGUAUGCCUACUGCUCCCUUGUUGGUUACUAUUUCAAAGCUGGUGAUGUUGAGAAGGCCCGCAAGGUAUACGAUGAAAUGCUUGAGAAAGGGUUCAUGCAGACUACUGUUACAUGUAACAUUCUCAUCAAAGGGUUUUGUGUUAAUGAGAGGGUGUAUGAGGCACUUGAGGUGUUUGAGGAAAUGUCAAUUAAGGGGAUCAAGCAUGAUGUGAUCACUUAUAACACAUUAAUACAGGGCCUAUGCAGGGUUGGGAUGUUGGUUCUGGCAUUGCGGAUGUAUGAGUGGUUAGCAUCAUCUAGUUUGGAGCCUACAGUGUCAACCUUCAGUCCGCUCAUAGCCACCAUGUGUAAGCAAGGACAGGUGGAUGCUGCAGUGGACCUGAUCAAGUCUAUGCGGGCUAAGGGCUUGGAGCCAUUGGUGUGGAGCAAUGAUAGCAUCAUCAAUGGGUUCUGUAAGAUCGGUAGAUCAGAUGAGGGCAUGGCGUGGUUGGCAGGUAUGUUGAAGAACAACAUAAAACCUCGGCAAGAGACAUUUAAUACUUUGGUGGAAUCGCUGAGCACCUCAGGGCGAGGGCAUGAUGCGUUGCUGAUCCUUGAUAUAAUGUUCAAAGUUGGAUUCGAAAUUGGCAGGUUGGCUUGUACUAUACUUGUUGAUAAGCUGUGCCCAGGCAAUGCAUCUUACUCCCACCAACUGGAUAAUAUUUUGGCGAGCGGCCAGUAGCAAAACUAUUAGCAAUCAAUUGCCUUGUGUAUGGCCGAAAUGUUUCUUUGGCCCUUCCAAGACUGAUGUGUGAUGUGUCCACCAAGAUAGUGUUGUUUUGGCACUGUCAGAGAGGAUCUUCCAUUUGGGGCUUGGUGGUGUCUCUCAGCAGCUGUUGGUACCAGUUGGUAUGUUACUUCGAACAGAUCAUGUUGAAUAAUGUGGAGCAUGUUAUUGGCUGUAUCAAAGCAACACCAACACCUUUUAUCUUGCCAGCAGCGGGAGGUAUGCUCUCUCCUUUCUUUUUGCUAUCUCUUUGGUAGUUCUCUUCUGUGAGUACAGUACCGUUCAGCUUUCUUGUGUACCCAAAAAGAUAGAAUGACUAUUUAUGAUUUACUUGCACCAUGUGUACAAGGUGAAUGGCAAUGAAGUUGUUACUGCAGACUCUGAAAUCAGCUCCGGCAGUGCUCAAAACUGAGCACAUGAGAAUUUUCCUGAAUGCAAAUCCAAAGUUUGUUUUUGCUAACCAUCCAGGUUGGACAAGGAAGUGUUGGUCGCUGCAGUUAUCUUGUACAAGCCAAAACUAUGAAUCGCUUCUUGAGUCCCCACAUUCGCUGAAUUGGUGAACAGCGCGAAAUAACGAAACGCUGGCACGCUUCGAAACACGUACCAGUCAUGCUGCGAGGAUACAUCCAGCACAAGCCGCUCGUUUCUGGUUACGGGAGGGGAACCGAGACCUAAGGUAACCUGUAGCUAGGCAGCUAGGUGAUGCCCGGUCAUGUGUGUGACUCUAGAUUUAAUUUAGCUCCAACAUCGCUAGUAGUUCUGAUCGGAAAAUGCCAUUCGCUAACAGCCUCUUGUUAACAAGGUUGUGGAUGCAAGCAGUGACGUGGAAGUGUGUGUGCAGGAUCCGAUCCAUCACCGGAGGCGGCCGGUGGUUGGCUGGAGAUAGCCCGCGCCCUGUUGCCGGCGUUGGACGGUGCUUCCGGUGGAUCUGCAGUGCUGGUCAACUCUCACCUCUAAUGAUUGAGGAGGGAUCCGCGAGUUUUGUGCAUAGAUCCCAUCCCACGUCGGCCUGCCGUGGCGAGUAACAUGCACCACACGGGCUUUGCCGCUUUGGCAGUCACCGGCAACCCCCCGAUCAUCUGAUGAGCAGGCUUGCUGUUGCCUGUUGCUGCCCAUGGCUUUGACUUGCCAGUUGCCAGCCAGUCAGGUCAGGCCACACAGUAUCGUCCCAUAUGGGAAAUCAUCUAAGGCUAUCCGCACUCGUGUUACUCUAUAUUCAUCCUCUAAAGAGAAUAUUCUUGCCUGGUCAUUCAGAUUCUCUACUCUACAUACAGUUUUACUGCACCCAUUCAUACUCCAUAUCACCCUCUAUAUCAACUACCAGCUUGUGGGAUC